UGGAUGAAAAAAUAACUUGUUUUUCUCGCCACCGCCGCACGGAGUUUUGAGACCGAUCUUUAGUCCCAUCAGCUUCAUUCCCAAAACGACCAUCGCCCUGAAGAGUCAGCUCGUCGGUCCCCUCACCGAGGCCGGAUGGUAAAAUCCAACCUCCAGCGGAUCCUAAAUAGUCAUUGCUUUGCCCGAGAGAAAGAAGGAAAACAACAGUACCACACCGUCAUGGCUGCUUUAAGUAGUAGUAUUUGUGACAUGAUGGACAACCUGUCUCUGCACUGUAGCAGUACCCGUGGUCCGGGGCCUCUGUGGUGCUCCGAUGCCCCUCUCCCACCCCUGAAGAUCCCAGGUGGGCGAGGGAAUGGUCAAAGGGAUCACACUCCUUCAGCUCGGCUGCUGCACUCAGAUGGGAAGCUCACUGUUACAGAAGAGCCCGCUGUAAAUGGACGACCAGGGCUCCUCCAUUUCCAGAGCAAACCUACCCACUCCAAGGUUAUCCAGUGGGACGCAGUGCUGAACGGCAACAACUUGUACGUAGAAAUCCCCUGGGAUGUGCUACCUGAAGGCAGCAAGGAAAGCUUUGUGGCCCUCUUAGAGUACGCUGAAGAACAUUUGAAAGUUGUCAAGGUUUUCCUUUGCUUUUACAAGAACAGAGAAGAUAGAGCUAAGCUGCUGCGAACCUUCAGCUUUCUGGGCUUUGAGGUUGUGAAACCAGGCCAUGCCCUCAUCCCCCCUAGACAAGAUGUGUUCUUCAUGGCAUACACCUUUGACAGAGACUCAUCUGAUGAAGAAUGAAGCAACCAAUCCAUGAUGUUUUAUGUGACUCAAGUGCUUAUUGCCUUCUGUGCUUUUGUGUUCUAAAGAUGCUUCUUGUUAUUGUUUUAGAUUAUGUUGUGUCACAAUGUUUUUUUGUUGUGAGCUUGGUUGAUAAACCUUAAAUAAAUCAGUACUUUCAAAACAGCUGUCCGUUUUGGGGAAUUUUCACAAGCUUAUUGUGAUUUAAUAAAAUCAGACCGAAGGUUGAUGCUAUUAUGUUGAAUGUACAACAUGUCUAUUGGUUUAUAUUUGCAUGUUACAUUUCUUAGUUCUUAUUGGCUUUCAAAUUGAAAAAUGCAAGUUUUGCCCCAUAAUGAAUAUAGAUUUUGGUUUAAAGCACGCACUGAGGAUUUAGAAGCUGAAAUAUCUUGUAUGGUUACUGGUAAUUCAGUGCUCUAGAUCUUUUUUUUUUAAUCACCUCACUGUUUACUCUCAUAUGAGCAGUCCUAAGAAAUAAGUGGUCAGCUGAAAAGGAAGUAUCAUUGUUUGAAUGAAAACAUGUACUGUACGUGAAAAAGAUUUGGCUUCUUAUCUUUCUUUUUGCUAGUAAGCCUUAUAAGGAAUGAACAUUUGUGAGAGGCACAAUGAUCCCAAAGUUUUCCUCUUUUGUUUUGUCUUUGGUGAACAAUGUGAUGCAUAGUGUUGCCAACCUUUAGGAUUUUGCUCCAUGCUGCACUCAAAUUGAAUAUAUCUGGCAUUCCUUGUUUUUAUUUUAUUUUAUUUUAUUAGUUUGACAGGUAUUCAGGAUUCACCGGCAUAGUGGUACCUUUAUUAUUGUGCUUCUGUGAUAAUAAAAGUUUUAAAAUUGUGAA